UUCGUAAUGUAAAUAAAACAACUCAGUCAAAAGUUUGCAUGUUACGUUCCUGUUCAGCCGAUUUUACGUAAAAUAAUGGCCAACAACGUUGAUAUUUCCAUAAUUUCUACCACUGAACUCGAAAACCCCUUUGAAUGCGCCGACAUCAAGAGCGAACCGCCGGAUGACUUGAUACCGGAACCGGAAGUGGCUUUCCCGCACCUAUUGGACCACAGCACGGUCGAAGUCGCAGUGCAAACAACUCGCCGCAAGAUUAUGAGCCGUGGCGUGCAGGUGGAUUUGCAGCUGAUUCCCAAGGAAGCCCUGGGAACCGUUCAUUCCGGGAGCUUUGUGGAUGAACCGCUCGGACCGCUUCUGGCGAAAGAAGCUUUCGAGAAGCAGUGCCGCAUUUGCUUGAGGCAGCUGCCUAGUUCAAGCUUGGCCUAUAUCAUGUUUGCCCAAAAGACGAAAAUCCUGGCAGCCCUGGGGAUCAAGGUUUACCUAGGGGAUACUUAUCCGUUUAUUUGCCGGACCUGCGCCAAGCUGGUGGACAUGGUUUACGAUUUUAGGAACACUUGUUUGAGAGCGCGAAACAUGUUGGCAAACGAGCGGAAAUCUAUUCCGGGCAAGAGUUGGGACAGCGACGAGAAUCUGGAGGUUAUUGAAAGAUGUCGAAUUCUGCUCGAUUCCCACCGGAUGGACAUUGAUGCUGCAUAUGAGGAAUCGUCUACUUUUGGCAAAUCAGGGACAUCCGAGGAUGUUAAAGUUAAGCGGGAGUCAUUGACCAUGGUUAUGGUAGACCAUGUGGAAGAACCGGAACCGUUUAGCGAUGAGAUCGAUACUUUUCCCGCCGAAAUUAAGCGAUGCGGAAGUAGUCGAAUGAUGGCUUUGAAAGUUGAACCGGAUCUUUCGGAUCAAAGCGAAAGCCCUGAGGAAUAUAAUGGCGACGCAGAGGAUGACGUUUACCUUCCUCCGUCCGAAGAGGACCAUGCUCGUAGUCCGUCUCCACCUCCGAAAAAGAAGAGAAUCAGAAUAGUAACGAAACCGUACAAAAAGCGUCAGAAAAAGGAGAAGCAUCCGGAGCUUAGCGACGAGCUAUCAUUGGAAGAUGCCCAACAGGAGAAGAAACGUAGGAAAAAGACAAAAGAUCCAAAUCGGUCACGACGAGGAGCUCUGUGUGAUUUUUGUGGCGAGUGGGUUGAGUACCAUACCGUGGAAAGCCAUCAGAACCAGCAUUUGGGCCUUAAACCGUACGCUUGUCAAAUGGCAGAUUGCAACAUGUCCUUCUACUGCCGGAAUUUGCUAAUGAAGCACAUCCGAAGACAGCACAAUGCAGACGGCCCCGAGUAUCAGUAUUGCGAUAUUUGCAAACAACGAAUAAAAGGACCAAAAGCGGCACUGACCAAGCAUCAGAGGAUCCAUACCGAAGAGAAGAACUACGUUUGUGUCGUUUGUAGGAAAGGAUUCACCACACCCGGAUAUCUGCGGCAGCACUCCAACAUCCACACGGAUCUGAUGCCGUACGAGUGCAGCGUUUGCCAUAGGAAGUUCAACAAUAAGUACAACAUGCUGACGCACGAAAAGAAGCACUUUAUGAGGGGUGAAACGACGGAAUCCGGCAAUAUAUCGAACAUAUCGCCACAGCUACAGGAAUCUAGCCAUCCGCCGGACAUGUCACAUUAUCAAGGUUAUCCCAUGGCCUGAACAUAUGGUAGCAACGGCGGUCAGGGUUCUAUGCAUGACUAUUUUUAGGGUAAGUAGAGUUUAUAAUUAGCAGUCAGUUUUUUAUUUUUAAAUAGACAAUGUCAAAGUUUUAA